GAAGCUCAUUACUGAUGCUCCCGCCUCCACCCCGAUCCCUGUGGACAGAGCGAGUGCAGGAGGCUCUAAUGGCUCUGAGCGGCUCUUGGUGGAGGCUGCGAUGGAGGCGGGAGCAGGAGGGGCUGUGGUUUCUGCCUCCACUGGAGCCAGAACUGCCUCGGCCCAGGGCUGGCCAUGAAGAUGCUGGAUGGGCACCUGCUCCGGCUGCUCCUUAUCACAGCUCUGUUCCCCAACAUCCUUGGGUCAGUCUUGGUGCAGAACCUGCACCUCUGCGAGGGCUACGUGGGCCCUGAUGGCCGCUCCCACCCCGGCUUCUACUGCCCGCGGCUGACGGACCCCCCCGGCCACCGCUACUGUUGCCAGCCCAGCCUGGACGCUCUCAAAUCCUGCUGCUCUCAGCUGGCCCUGGAAGCCCUCACUGGAGUGAACCUCUCCAGCCUGGAAAGCCCUGGUCUACUCAGGAACCCGCUGGCCCUGCCUUUCGUGGGGCUCUAUGGGCUCCUCGUCCUCCUGCUUAUGGCCAUCGACCUCUGCCACUUCUACCGGACGCGACGGUGCCACCUCCGCCACCUGCUGCCCUGUGGCUGUCGCGUGUCCCGUGGACCCCCGGGGGGGCACCUGGCCGGUACCCGGCCUUCCCACGGUGCCCCCAGACUGACACGCCCCAGCCAGGGCUGCUGA